GCCAUCUGUCAGAGAGCAGGAGGGAUGCACCUGCCCCACAGGACAACUUGGGUUCUGUCGUAACCAGAGGACCGAUCCUACCACACACACAGACGCCCUGCACAGUCAGCAGACACACAUACAGAACACGCAGAGUCAUUAACACUAACGGGAGAAAGACAUUUUAGCGGGUUUUUUGUUGUUGAAAAGAAGUCAGAGAGGGAUUUAAGACUGAGCGAGCCAGGGCGGACUCACUCAGCUACACGCAUACACACACACACACACACACACACACACACAGCUGAGCUACAACUUUACAGAAGCUACUGCUUGGCUGCAGCGUUCCUCCUCCGAAAGCAGGACAUGGAGGAGACCUACAUGCUCAGACACCAUGGGGUGAAGAAGAAGAUCCUGAGUGGGGGAACGGGCCGCAUGCCUAAUUUCCCUCCUGGAACUAAGUUGGUGUUUCACUUCCAAACACUGCUGGAUAACUUUGAGAGGACGGUGAUUGAUGACAGUCGCAAGGCCAAGCGUCCUAUGGAGAUCUUCGUGGGGAAGAUGUUCAAAAUGGAAGUGUGGGAGGAGCUGCUCAAGUCCAUGCGCAUCGGAGAGGUGGCCGAGUUUUGGUGCGACGCCGUUCACACAGGCUUGUACCCCAUUGUGUCCAAGGGCAUGCGCAUGAUUGCCCAGGGCAAAGACCCACUGGAGGGACAGAAGCACAUGUGUGGUAUGGGCAACAUGUUCAGUUACCACUCCACCGGCUACCCGGAGUUGGAUGAGCUGAUGAGAGAACCCCAGCCACUGAUCUUCAUCAUGGAGCUCAUCUCGGUGGGUGACCCGAUGUCGUACGAGCGGGAGUCCUGGAUGAUGGAGAAGGACGAUAAACUCAAGGCGGUGCCCUUGCUACACGCACAAGGCAACAGCCUGGUCAAGCAGGGGAGCUACCGCGAGGCCGCCAAGCGCUACCAGGAGGCGGUGGUGAUGAUGCGCGCUGCUCAGUCCAGGGAGAUGCCUGGGCAUGAAGACUACAUCAACCUGGGCAGACUCAUCAUCCCCCUGGUGCUCAACUACUGCCAGUGCAUGCUGGAGCUGGAGGAGUACUAUGAGGUGAUCGAGCACACCACCGAGCUGCUGGAGAAGCACAAAGACUGUGUGAAGGCCUACUACAAACGGGCCAAGGCCCACGCGGCCGUGUGGAACGAGAAGGAGGCACGGCGGGACUUCCGGAUGGUGGCCGAGCUGGACAUCACGCUGGCCCGCCUGGUGCACCGCGAGCUGCAGAACCUCUCGGAGACGAUGAAGGAGAAGUACUGGGAGGAGAAGGAGCAGUACUGGAACAAGCUGGAGAAGGGGAACGAAGGGAUGGGGAAGAAAGGCGAGGAGGACGAAGAGAGGAAUGGAAAGGGGGAGAAAGAGGGGGAGGAAGAGGAGGAGGAGACGAGUCUGACAGGGGUGAUGAAGAUGAAGCAGAUCGACGUGGACAGCUUGAAAAUCGAGGCCCAGGAGCCCGGGCACAAAGUGGGCAAAGCCAAGGAGGUUGCAGAGGAGCCAGCCACCAAUGAGAAGCCAGCCACAGGUCUGGACGGUAAGACGGGUACCAAUGAGAGCGCACCGUCGGCGUUAGAGGAGAAGGAUUGGCAGGAGAUGCUGAGGCUCACCAUGCACCUGCAGAAGGAGGGGAACUUCCACAUGGAGGAGAAGCACCAUGACGAGGCUGCAGCCAAGUUCACAGAGGCUCUGCAGUAUGUGAAUUACCUUCAGACCAAGAGGGUGGCGUAUAAAGGGGAGGACUGGGAGUCUCUGGAGAAGGUGCGCGUGCCGCUCAUGCUCAACCUCAGCCAGUGUCGGCUGGAGCUGCAUGAGUACCAGCAAGUGGUGGAGCUCACCAGCUGCCUGCUCAAGAGACACAAAGGUAGCAUGCGGGCGCUGUACCAGCGGGCGCGUGCCCACGCGGCACUGUACCAUCUGGAGGACGCCAGGAGCGACCUGCUCAAGAUCCAGAAGCGCCACCCCCAGUUCAAGCCCAUUGUCCGGCUUGAGAUGAAGAAGCUCGGGGAGAACGUCCGCGCCAAGAGCGUCAAGGAGAAGAGGAACUACUGGUCCACCCUCGAGGACAAGUACGGCAAGGGUGAAAAGGCGCAGGUGCCCGGCAAGAAGGCGGGGAAGAAGAAGAAGGCGGUCAAGUGGACGGACCAGGCGGCGAAGAAGGACGGAGCGACAUUAGAGGAGAUCAAGGAGGGGCCGAAGGAGGGGAGCAGCACCGAGAUAAAAGACGGGAACGAAGGGGCUGCUGGCAAAAUGGUGGCGGCUGUAGCGGUGGAGGCAGCAGCAGUGGUGGAGGCGGCAGCAGUGGUGGAGGCGCAGCAGUGGUGGAGGCGCAGCAGUGGUGGAGGCGGGCGGCAGCAGUGGUGGAGGCGGCAGCAGUGGUGGAGGCGGCAGCAGUGGUGGAGGCGGCAGCAGUGGUGGAGGCGGCAGCAGUGGUGGAGGCGGCAGCAGUGGUGGAGGCGGCAGCAGUGGUGGAGGCGGCAGCAGUGGUGGAGGCGGCAGCAGUGGUGGAGGCGGCAGCAGUGGUGGAGGCGGCAGCAGUGGUGGGCGGCAAAGGGUGAAAAAGGUGCCCGGCAAGAAGGCGAAGAAGAAGAAGGCGGUCAAGUGGACGGACCAGGCGGCGAAGAAGGACGACAUUAG